AAAAUUUUCAGAAAUCUUGGUUGAUUACAAAUAAUUUAGGAAUAAUCCCCGAAAUGGCAUCUGAAAUCAAGAAAAUAAUUUUUGAUGUUUCCGGUUUUCGAAACAACACUCGCAUUUUCUUUUUGGACCUUUUAUUUGGACAUUUUCGGAUUCAACGAUUUAUGCAACGGUUAACGUAAUAUAAAUCCGUUUAUAAUUGUUGGUCCAUGUAGACGGCAACAUUUUGUUCAACAAAUGUGCCCAAGCACAUGUAAAUGCAAACGAGCAUUGGUAAAAACCCGUUCGUGCUCGACGAACUGGUCGGGUUCACUACACUCAUAAUGAGGCCUAUUUUCAAACAUAUCGAAACGGAUAGUCAACAAAAACUGUUUGACAUAUUCAAUCCACAAAAUUCGAUCAAUCGUAUUCUCAAAGAACCAUCGGAUACUGAAUAUCGAAUGAAAAUGCAUUCAAUACACUUAUCGAUCAUCGAAUAAAAUCGAAGUUUUUUCCAUGAUAUUUUCAAUUGUUAUCACGAACAUGUAUGCUUCGUAACCUGUUCCAGCAUGGAAUUUUCUACGACACUCGUUCGAAGCAUUAUUUUUUUAUCCUGUCGAACAUCCACGAACGGUUUAACACACCCCUUGCAAACGACAACCCUCGUAACCGUUCAUACCCGUCCAUUGCUAUUUGUGUUACCGCCGUCUCUGCACGACAGCCCUUACGGUUUCCCAGGCACGGCAAGUCGCCAAUAUUUGUUUAUAUGCACCAGCGAUUCCCAAAUUUUUUCAGUCACGGAACCUUUUCUUAAACAGUAUUUUCUCGUAAAGCCCUAAAGAAUAUUUAGUAUCAAGUUUUAUCCGCUUGUGUUCUACGAAGCAUAUUACACGUGAUAUGUAUUUACAUUGGAGGAAACUCAAAACGAGAUAUUGUACGUUUAAUAUUAUAUUUACAUACAAUAUAUCUGACCGAGAAAUAACUGGAAUGGGAAGCGUACUAUCUAAAAUUAAAAAAUUAUACUAUCCUAUGGGGAUUUUAAUAUUGUUUGUAUAUGUAUCGGUGAAUUAUAUUUGAGUCGACGGAGACUUGUAAAAAUAUAUACGCUCGUUGUUUUAAAUAACGAUCAAUAAUCGUUACGUUUUUACAUUGUCUAUAGUAAAACGAACGGAUCACUUUAGAAACAAUUACAGAGCAAUAAGGGCUCCGCGGAUUACAAUUUUGGGAACCGCUGGUUUAUACGAAAACGGUAUACUCGAAUUCUGGUUUGCUAGUAACUGUAUGAUAUAUUUUUCUAUUUUACACGACUUAUGUAAAACCAUUUUCUCCUUAUUAGGGACAUUAUUAUUUAUUAUCGGAGCGUCAACAACAUUAUUGUUUAUUAAAUUAUAUUUAUUAUCCUAGUAAUACUUCAACAUAGACGUCAACAAAACAUAAUAUUGAAGAAAGAGAUUAAAACACCAAAGUUACAAAUGCUCAUACGAUACAACAUUUUAGGAUUACAAAUUAUUAAAUCCUAUGAAAGACGUGGGGCCGUUUAAAUCGCGGCGUCUUGGAUAGCUGCUCCUUCUGCCCUGCCCUCUCGCCGGAGUUGUUUCUACACACGUAGGGAUACCCUAUGAUCGCAUAUUCUUCGCACCGUGAUCUUAUUUGCAAACGUGCUCCGUGUGCCAUCUGUACGUCUGUGCAACAAAAUCUUGACGCGUUCGCUAUUUAUCAUUUUUUUACAAUCAAUAAAUCAGUACGGUCCAGCGAUCGCAACGUUGAUAGGGGUAACCUAUCGUCAGUAACCAUUCGAAAACGUCGCACGUUUCGACGUGUCGAAUUACAUCGAAUACCGAACGUAUCGUAUGGAAUAUCUUGCUCGACACAUCUUGGAAAUAUCUAACUAACCGGGACGGUACAAUACACCGGAUUAUUAUUGACACAAUUUCGGAGACGCCACGUUUUUACGAUUUUAAAUAUUCUUUAUUAAAUGACAUAAAAAAAUAGACUGACUUUUGUUUAUGAUCACGGUAAAAAUUUUGCCACCCCUUUAAAUGUGUCAAAUAUGACGAUGGUCCCCCCCUCACCCCAAACCACCCAAUAAAUACAAACCUGUAUACGUAUGAUAUAAAUACAUAAGUAUCAGCUAUCAUUUUAAUUCUUAUGCGUCUAAACAAUUAUGAAAAAUGUUGACAAAGUAAAGUGUAUUCUUUUUCUUCCGGUCGUUGAACAUUCGUCGCGGUCGACUGUCAACAUUGCUGCAUCAUUCAAACAUUCAAAUUCGCCCAGACAGUUCCAAAAUGUUACUCAUACUGUGUAUUACAUCGAUCUCGCUCACAUCUUGCCAUGGAAAAGACAUUUUUCCCGAAGCACUGGUAUUUAAAGGACUAGGCUUACCAGACAUGGUCAACAGUUCGGAUACUAGUGAAUACCAUAACGGUACUAUAAUGGUUGCAGGAAAUUUGAACGACGCUUUGACGACCAUGAGUUUUCACAGAGAAAAAAUAAGUGAUUAUCUCUGCAGACAAUACAUAGUGGAGGAAAUAUUACAAGAUAUUACCCGUAGUGCGUCAUCUGAAAGCCGAUCGUUACCCUUGGACAGUCACGGGAUGGACAUAAUGCACAUGGAUCAAGGUUCAUCUGCAUACAAUGCAUGGCUGUCCAAAACAAAAUUGUUGAAAAAAAUUUACGACGAAUUCGACCUAAACAUUAAAAUGCACGAAAAACCAGUUGGGUUUACACUAACAAAUAAAAAUAAUCAAAGUUCCGGAGCACAUGACAAUAACGGCACAUACAACAAUAUAAAUGUGUCAGACACCACGAAUGAUUCGAACAAACUUCAACAUUUGCCUGAAGGUUCAUGCUCAUUUUUAAGUCCCAGUGAAACUAACAGUGUGGAUUUUCAACAAAGUCAAUCGACGCAUUACGAUAUUGACAAUUCAAAUGAAUACAAAAACUCACCGGAUCUACCAAUAUACUACGGCUCUCCUGAAUUUAGUUUCAAGCAAUCUCCACAGCAACAUUCAUCAUACAAACCUCCUCCAUCAUCAUAUCAAACACCACCAUCAUCAAACGAACCAUCUUCUCCAUCAUACAAACAAACUCAUUCAUUGCUCGGAUUACUACCAUCAUCAUAUGGAACACCUCCUUCAUCAUAUAAACAAACUCCUUCAACGAAUGAACCACCUCCUUCGUUUUAUAUACAACCACCGCCACAACCAUCACCACCACCACCAACCUAUGGUUAUCCUUAUAAUAUACUACCAUUAAAUCCAAAUCCCGGUUUAGUUCCACCAACAUCAAAUUCAGAUCCAGGACUAAGUACACAAGGUAUUGGACAGUUUAAUAAACCGGACGAUGAAAUUAAUAAUUCAAACACAGAAGCAAUAAGAUCAGGGCUUUCAACAAUGGAUUUAUAUGACCUAACUUUAACUGUCAUUGCAUUCCUAGGAUUCGGUACAUUUGUCAUGAACUUGGUCAUGGACGCAAUUUCGGUACAACCGUCAGCGACUUUGGUAAUGAACUCGUCGCCAUUAUUUGGGGCUUCCGUGUCGAGAACUAAAAGACAAGUCGAUCCCGGAGUGCGGGAGAUUAACGAGUUGUCAUGGACAGCGGUGUCGAUGAUAGACCAUAUGAUGGCAAAUGUGGAUGGAACCAAGAUAAAUUGCGAGGAAGUCAAACAGUCGUGUCAGAAAUCCAAACGACUGGUUAAAAAUGGUACAAACUUCAGUUCGAAACUAUUGCCAGUUUGGAAUAUUUCUUUAGAUUGGCUUUCGAAGAAAUUAGGAAAGGAUACAGGCCAACCAGUGAUAUCUGCAUUAUUGGGACAUUGUACUUUACCCGCACAAUGCUUGUCAAAAUCAUAAUUUAAUUUAUAGUUGAACUCUUAAAAAAAAUAUCUAUUUACUUAAUUUAUUUAUUUUUAUUAAAUUGACUUUAAAGAGUCCACGUGUUGGUGCCUCUAUGAACUAAUGAGAAUUAAAUAAUAUGAAUGGGACAUUCUAUUAUUAAUAUAUAUAUAUUUUAGUCCCCAAAUUAUAUAAGCUGAGAUUUUUUAA